CCCACUUCUCUAAAACUAACCCCAUGUCUCUUCUGCAACAUGCUUCUUUCCAAAGCCUGUCAAUCAAAAACCGCUCUUUGAAUUUGAGCUUCCCAAACCCUAAGCCGUAUUCACCAGACCCCAUUGAUUUCAGGACCCCGAAAACCCUGACCUUAAUGGGUCUUCUCCAAAAUGAGUCUUUCACCAGCCUGGUGAUCAAAAACCACUCUUUGAGCUUCCAAAACCCUAGAAAACCCAGAAUCCCUAUACCAGAAACCAAUUAUUUCAGAACCCAAUUAACAAUUUCUUGCAGUUUGCGAGGGGGACCAAGAAAACCGUUAUGGAGAGGAAAGGUCAUGAGCACCGAAGCCAUACAAGCAGUGCAGUCUCUAAAGUUGGCUAAGUCUACCUCCAAUUUAGAGGCAGUUUUUGCCACUAAACUUGGCAGGCUAAUAAAGGCUGAUUUGCUAGCUACUUUGACUGAGCUCCAAAGGCAGAAUGAAUGGGAAAUUGCCUUAAAGGUUUUCGAAUACCUGCGCAAGGAGGUGUGGUACAAACCAGAUCUUUCAUUGUAUCGCGAUAUGAUUUUUUUGUUUGGACGGAAUAAAAUGAUUGGCAUUGCAGAAGAACUUUUCUACCAAAUGAAGAGUGAGGGCUUGCAACCUGAUACGAGGGCAUAUACUGAAAUGAUAGGGGCCUUUUUACAAGUGGGUAUGGUGGAAAAGGCCAUGGAGACUUAUGCUUCAAUGAAGGAUGCAGGGUGUGACCCUGAUGAGUUAACGCUAACCAUUUUGAUUCGGAACCUUGAGAAAGCUGGAGAGGAAGAGCUUGCAUCUUCAGUGAGAAGGGAGUGUCAAACGUACAUGGAUUUUCCAAGGCAGUUCCUGGAAAAAGUUUACAAAACAUAUCCAAAGAGAUCUUUGGAUGUGGUGUGAGAAGCCAAAUGAGGUCUUGUGUUUAUUUCAGUAAAAGGUGUUCAUAUUCUGGCUCAAGGCAAUUUGGGAACCUGGAGGUUGAAUGUCAUAAACCAAAUUCUUGGUUCUUGCAAAAUUACAUGGAGAAGAGAAAUAAAAAACAGAUGUAUGAUCAGUUGCGAUGUCCUUCAAAUAUAGUUUUUGUGUUUUUUGUUUUUUAGGUAAUUCAAUGAGGAAGACAGGCCCCUUUUUUUUUUAUCGAUUAGGGAGUUAGCUUUUUUUGAAGGUGUCAAUGGGUGGUACCAAGAGCAUUGGAAACCACAACGUGGUAAGUAGGUAUGGCGGUGCUACUACUACGACUCAGCCUCUUUCAAAUAUAGUUGCAUCUUUUUUUGAAUCUCAUGAAACAUGUGGGGUUCUAUUUGACACAAAUUUGGUAAGAAGGAAACUUGGAGCGUGUUUGUUUUGGUAGAAGCUUCGGCUUCAUUGUUUGAUGGAAA